UAGUUGUCUCUUUCCUGUUGUGGUGCAAUCAUUGCUUAUAAGAAUGGAUUAAGAGUCAAAUUAAAGCUAUCUAUUUUAUAAUGAUGUGUACAAAGAUUCUUUUGACAUGCGUCACGGCAAUAUUACUAUUGGAGAUUGUUUCUUCAUUUCAUGGUUCAAAUAAUAUUUCGUACAGAAGCAUUUUAAAUCGAAGAAAACGAAACUCGGAAUUUAAAUGCACAUUACCUUCUCAACCAGAGAACGGUGAAUAUAAGGUAACCGGUGGUAAUAUAAUCAAUGGCAGAGCUUUAGUUAUAAAUCUUCAAUACACAUGUAACCCAACUUACGCGCUAGUUGGAGACGCAGCAGCGUUUUGUUAUGACGGAGAAUGGACACCUGCGGAAUUACCGAAAUGCGUCCAAACCUGUCGUCUAACAAAACAUCGUAGCGUGAUAUACAACUGUCUAAUCAGUGGUACUGACGCUACUCGCUCGUGUCACGACACAGAACCUGUCGGCACUGUUGUACAACCUCUUUGUAAACAACCUCAUUAUUACACGCCUAUAGAACUACCGUACAUGCACUGUUUGAACGGCAGGUGGAAUGCUUGGCCAACUUGUAUGCCGGAAUGCGGUCUACUAACACCAAAGGGUGUAGAAGCUACCAGGUCUGGAGUACCAUGGCAGGCUGCGAUCUACUACAAGAACAUUAUUGAUGCAACCCACGAACAUAUCUGCAGUGGCGCCCUCAUCAGUAACUCUGUGGUCUUGUCAGCUGCCCAUUGCUUCUGGAACGAAGAUACAAAGAGUAAAAGUGAUGAGACCAACUACGCGGUUGCGGUCGGCAAGUUAUUUAGUGAAUGGAGUCAUCCUGAUGACGAAGAGUUUGUCCAGAGGUCAGAUGUGAAGAAGAUAGUAAUACCGAAGGGGUAUCGGGGUGACGAAAAUCAUUACCAGGACGACAUCGCUGUGGUGGUGGUGACCCGGUCUUUUGAGUACCAAGAUCAUAUUAGACCAGUAUGUUUAGAUUUCAAACAGGAGCUUUACAAUAAACAACUAGUGAAAGGCAAUGCAGGAAAGUCUGCUGGUUAUGGAUUAUCGAGAAAUGAUGUGUCCAGUACGAAGUCUUUGCAAUUAAUCGACAUGCCAUUUGUAUCGAAUGAAGAUUGCUUUACCAAAUCAAGCAAUGACAAGUUUUGUGCUGGAAAUAUUAAUGGACCAGGUUUAUGCGGCGCGGAUAGCGGUAGCGCUAUCAUAUUCCCAGCAACAGUACAAAAUACCACUAGGUACUAUCUCCGGGGUAUAUCCUCGGUGACAAUCAAUGCUACGGCACGUUGCAAAACAUAUACAACUUAUAACUCCAUCAUGAAGUAUCAAAAUCUCAUCAAAACUUAUUGGUUUCUUUGAUAAAGGCGAGAAAGUUCGCCAUCUUGAAAUAAAUGCUACUUGUAUUUUUUAAUUCAUAACCCAUAGAUUUAUAACCUAUAUACCGGAGCACAAAAUGGCGGCACAAAAGGUAAUUUCUUGGCAAUUUUUUUCUCAGUGUUGCCAUUAAAAAUAUAAAAUGACUUUCGGGAAAUUGACUCACGAUCAUAGACAGAGAAGGCUAAACUUCGGUUUCUGAAAUGAAAAUCUCUGUUUAAAAUAUAUUGUUAUCUCUGUAUUGUCAAAGAUGACGAUAAGUUUUAUACAGAUAUUUUGGUCUCAGAAACCAACGGUAAUUGAAAUGGUAGUCAUAAGUGUAA